AGACCGAGAGAGAGAGAGAGAGAGAGAGAGAGAGAGAGAGAUAGCGGAGAAAGAUAAACCUACCUCUGUCCAGCACUCUGUAUAAUGUGCUAGAAGGAGAGCGAUCCUCAGUGUACCUAACCGUUUCCCACAGCAGAGGCGGUGGAGCGAAAGCCUUGCGUCGGAGUAGUGGGAUUAUCCCCCCUAUCUCGCAAUGGAAACUGAAUGAAAAACCUUGGACAGUUUUUUUAUGCUCCAGUGCUUUCGCUUAUAAUUCUUGCCAAUGGUAUUCUCCUUCUAUUUCAACUUCAUCUGUGGAUUCGGAGGGACAUUCUGUGAGGUAACCUACGGCGCAACAGCUGCUCUACAAGUAGUUAGCCCCAGGAAAAGCUCUUAUUUUUGUGGAUGUAGAAAUGUGCAUGGUCUUCCCCCACCCCUGCCUCUCUCCAGAUGGUGAGUGAGCUGAAGCCAAGCAGGUUGUGAAGGUGCUGGUGGACUUGUCCCCGUCCUCGCCCCAAGCCAGACUCACCAUGGCGUCGGGAGUAGCGGCGUGGCUGCCCUUCGCCCGCGCUGCUGCCAUUGGCUGGAUGCCCGUGGCCAACAUGCCCAUGCCCAUCGCCCCCACUGAGAAGAACAAACGCGCCGACGAGCUCAUCGUCCUCAACGUUAGUGGACGCCGCUUUGAGACCUGGAGGAAUACGCUAGAUAGAUACCCUGACACCUUACUGGGCAGUUCAGAGAAAGAGUUUUUCUACAAUGAGGAGACCAAAGAGUACUUUUUUGACCGAGACGCGGACGUGUUCCGUGCUGUUCUCAACUUCUAUCGCACGGGCAAGCUGCAUUACCCCCGCUCCGAGUGCAUCACGUCCUACGACGAAGAGCUGUCCUUCUUCGGGAUCAUUCCUGAGAUCAUCGGUGACUGCUGCUACGAAGAGUACAAGGACCGUAGGCGUGAGAACCAAGAGAGACUGAUGGACGAUGAUGAGGACAAGAAAGAUGCCAAGCUUCCCAAUAUGACGUUCAGAGAGACCAUGUGGAGGGCCUUCGAGAACCCUCACACCUCCACCAUGGCCCUGGUGUUCUACUACGUCACCGGCUUCUUCAUCGCCAUCUCAGUCCUCACCAAUGUGGUGGAGACGGUGCCCUGCGGUGCCACUCCUAACACCAAAGAGGUGACGUGCGGAGAUCGCUACACUGUAGCCUUCUUCUGCAUGGACACGGCCUGCGUCCUCAUCUUCACCGUAGAGUACCUCAUGAGACUGUUUGCCGCGCCAAGCCGCUACCGCUUCAUGCGCAGCGUGAUGAGCAUCAUCGACGUGGUGGCCAUCUUGCCCUACUACAUCGGCCUGGUGAUGACGGACAACGAGGACGUAAGCGGGGCCUUCGUGACUCUCCGGGUCUUCCGGGUCUUCCGUAUCUUCAAGUUCUCCCGCCACUCUCAAGGCCUGCGCAUCCUGGGGUACACGCUGAAGAGCUGCGCCUCAGAGCUGGGUUUCCUCCUCUUCUCCCUCACCAUGGCCAUCAUCAUCUUCGCCACCGUUAUGUUCUACGCCGAGAAAGGUUCCACGUCGAGCAAGUUCACCAGCAUCCCAGCCUCCUUCUGGUACACCAUCGUUACUAUGACGACACUCGGAUAUGGAGACAUGGUUCCUAAGACGAUUGCGGGGAAGAUCUUUGGUUCUAUCUGUUCUCUGAGCGGGGUGUUGGUCAUUGCCCUGCCUGUCCCAGUCAUCGUGUCCAACUUCAGCCGCAUCUACCACCAGAACCAGAGAGCUGACAAGCGACGGGCGCAGAAGAUGCAGAAAGCCCGUCUGGCCAGGAUACGAAUAUCCAAGACAGGAAGCUCCAAUGCCUUCCUCCACAGCAAACGGAAUGGCCUCUUCAGCGACGCCUUGGAGCUCACGCAACUUCCUUACAAGAUGAACCUUUCAGACCAGAGUUCCAUUGAGGAGGAGCAGCAGCUGAACAAGAACCAGUCUCUAUUAGAGAGCCAACACCACCACCUGCUGCAUUGUCUGGAGAAAACCACAAAUCAUGAGUUUGCAGAUGAGCAGUGUUAUGAGCAGAGCUACCUGGAGGGGGCACUCCAGAGCUACCCGUCUCAAAGCCCCUCCCUCUCCAGCCAAGAAGGCAUGACGGGCACCUGCUGUACCCGCCGCUCCAAGAGGAACCACGCCCCUUUACCCAACUCCAGUAUGCCCACGUGCGCUCUCACACACCCCCUCACACACACACACCCUCAUCAUAACCUGCAGGAGCUCAGCACCAUUCACAUCCAGCCGCUCAACACCAGGUGAGCUUUAAGCACUUGCCAUAAGUCAGGUUUAACACUAAACAUGGUAAUAUUAUCAGGGCUAUUACUACUGACCCAUAGUCAGUCCAAUGGUUAAAACAAGCCCAUACUGUGAGCUUAUGCUAUGAAAAAAAUAAUUAAUUGGUUGACACCCAAGUCCAUUACUAAAGACAAUGAUAUCUAGAAUGCCAAAUGGCUGUUAAUUUCUCUCUGAUGUUUUGCUAUUCUCCAGUGAUGCUGGUAUGUCAGGUGCUAACAAAUGACUAAUCCCUGUCAUAGUGUAUUACAUUUUGUCUUUCAUGGGCUCAGCAGCAAUAUACCUUCCUCUGUCAUUUCACUUGAUUUUAUUAAUUCUGUCAUAUUAUGUUCCUCUUUUGCAAAUGACUAUGAAUUAACGGACGUAUUUCCUAAAACUUGUCAAUAUUAAACAUCAUAUUAAGGUGUGGGACGUUAAUUAGAACUGUUAAGGCUCCAUGGGUUGAUGAGGAAUUGAAAAACUGU